CUAUCGGCACUCCUGGAAGCUGCUUUGGCGAAGCCAUGGCUUCGUUCCGUGAGCUCCUUCGGCGGCUUGAGGAUGCACACGAUCUUGAGCUUGCCCAGCUGCGGGAGGAGCUCGGGCAGGCCGGGUCUCGCCGGAAAUCAACAGUCGCCAUGAAUAUGGAUGACUUCUUGAAUUAUUCUCGCGGGAAAGAAGCCCCACGCCGGCGACUCUAUGAAAAUGAGUCACCAGGCUCAGCCUUGAACGAGAGUGCAACCCAUGAGGAGGAUCAUCAUCAUCUAGAUCGCCGAUCAGGGUCAAUGGCCUCGCUUGGAAAGAGGCCGACACUGGAGCUCCAUCCUGAAUGGGAAGAUACAGGCGAAGAAGUAGUCAAUCCGAAUGCAAAGCCGCUGCUCCAGCGAAAGUCCUCCAUAGCGGAAGAAGGGCAGGCGUUGGUGGAGAGUCUCUCGGGAGGCUGCUGCUAUCGUAAUGCUGUGUUUAAGCCGGCUGUGCCUUUGCUCAUUUUUUGGCAACUCACUGGCGUGAUGGUCCUCCUAUUUGACACAGUAUGGGUACCGAUGCAAGUGUUUCCUGAGGAAGCACAAAUUAGCCUGUCAUGGCUAAUGAGCCUGACAACUAUCUACUGGUUUGGCGAUAUUUUUGUGACGCUCAACACUGCAAUCUAUUCGCAAAGAGGGGAGGUGGAUAGCCGCCGUGUGAAGAUCUUCUGCGCAUAUGCCAAGUCCUGGCUGUUUUUCGACUUGCUGCUGACAUCCCUGGACUUGUACAGCUACGUGUCCAAAUGGCUUGACCCGGACGCAGGGGGCGGCGGAGCAGCUCAGGCGGCCAGGUCUGGCAGGUUUGCGCGGCUUGUACGCUUGAUCCGGCUGCUGCGGCUGGUUCGCCUGGCGAAGCUAAGGCAGAUCAUGUUUGUCAUAGCCAGUCUCAUCGACUCAGAAUGGGCAACGCUGAUGUUUGCGGUGGUCCGAAAUCUUGCAGUAAUUCUGAUCUCAAAUCACUACUUGGCUUGCAUUUGGUUUGGGAUUGGAACUCUGGUGCCUGAUGAAAGUGCCCAAUGCUGGGUAUCUAGGACGGGACUGGAGCAAGCAGAUAUGUGGUCGCAGUACAUGGUUUCUGCUCAGUGGGCGCUUGCGCAGUUCACGCCAGGUGCAUCCGAGGUCAAUCCAGAAUGCGGGGUGGAGCGGCUGUACUACAUCUUCGUGCUGGUGUGCGGCCUGGUGUUGGGCUCUUGCUUUGUGAGCAGUAUCACCACCAUCAUGAAUGCUGUAUGGGGCCUAACACGCUACAACACGACUCAGAUGUUCCUGCUCAAGAAAUUCCUGACGGAGCACGGAGUCUCGCGCCAGCUAUCGAGUAGAAUCUUGAGGUAUGUGGACUAUGUAAUGGAGUUGCGGCACAAGAAGACUCACCAGUCGAAGGUCCAUUUCCUUCAACUACUUUCCGGACCUUUGCAGUGGGAGCUGCAGAGGGAAAUUUUUUCAAAUACCUUGAACGUACACAAUGUUUUUGCAUCGUAUUCCAUGGCAGCUUCUCCUGCCAUCUCGCAGAUUUGUGCCACGGCGCUUUCCAGCAACAUCUACGCGAAGAAGGAUAGCGUAUUCCACACCGGCGAGCAGGCCAAGCACAUGACCUUCUUGGUGACCGGCGCUUUGGUCUAUUGCAUGAAGACGACCAUCGACAAAAAGGUAGUUCCACUCACCAUCAAGCUAAAUGCAUCCACCUGGAGCUGCGAAGCUGCCCUGUGGAUGAUGUGGCGCACGCGCGGAGACAUGAGGGCGCUGGCAGAGUCUGAUGCGCUGGUGAUCAAUUCCCAGAAGUUCCGGGAGGCCUCAAUGUGCUAUCCGGCGUCCGUGACCCUCGGCCGUGCUGCUGCGCAGCAAUUUUAUGACCGUGUAAUGGAGCUGUCAGCGACCAGCGAGAUUGGCAUGACGGAUGUGUCUGAGGAGGUGAUGGCAGACCACCUGCACCGAAACGAGCGGCAAGGCGACGUUUUGGACAUCCAGCGGGAGCUCGAGGCUGCGGAAGAGCAGGAGGCAGACUCAAUGGGCGCAGUUGUUUGGCAGAAGCGGGUGCUCCAUGUCUCACUCUUUGCCUGCAUCUCAGCUUCAGGAGCAGCGAGGCCGAGCGAGAAAGAAAGCCUGUCAAUCGACUCAAUCGGAGGAGGAGGAUGAGUUUGGAAGAGGAUGACGUUGUGCUCUCCGCCAGCACCCAUCGCUGGCGCAUGAAGCCAGAGGUUUUCGCGGAGAAAUGGUCCGUGUGAUGCCGGUAUGAGGCCUGCAUUUGGAAUUCUCGAGUCCGGCUGGAACCUUUUUUGCAAGGCUCUCCGCAAAGCGGACCGCCGUGAAUCCCGCUUCCCGCUUGCCAGUAUACGGUCGUACCAGGUUGGCAAGACAACGUUAGCGGGACAACAUGUUUCGCAGCAGAUCUGCAGAGCGGUUUGCGAAAACAAGCUGACA